AGAUGACUGAGUUAGUUUCUAACUGACUUCUAACUAAAGCGUUAUACAGCACUAUUACCGCCUUAAUGUUACUGAAGCCCCUAACGGUACGAAGUAAGAAGCCUAAGUUUUUAUAAGCUUUCUUGCAACACUUCGUAAUGUGGCAACGAAACGACAGUCGACGAAUUUUGUCGGACCUGGGUGACGUUGUCGCAUGGGUUCGCCGAAUUUUCGCGGUUGAUAGCAAAAUAAAUAAAUCAUUAUAUAAUCAUGAUGAACUUCCGCAAAGUAACGCCUGCUUCUAUCCAAUACAUCUUAGAUUGCAUCACUUACCAUCAGGUGUAAUUGAACCUGUAUAAGGAAUUAAAAAAAAAUAGUGAAUCUAGAAAGUCACGUUAUUUGUGACAUAGGCUAUAUUUUAUCCCUGUAUUCUCAGGGGACCGGGAACUACGUGGGUGAAACGGACAAGUAGUUAUCUUUAGAUUAGGUUUUGCUAGAUGAUGGUAAUAAUAAUAAACAAAAAUAAUAAAUUAAAAAGAUAGUCUUAUAGAUAGACUGUACCUAUCACCAAGCGUUAAGUUUAGCGUUUGUACUUGGUACGUACGUACUUCUAAUAGAAUUUAAAAAAAAUCAAAUAUAUAAAUACCAAGACAUAUUAUAGGUACGACAUUUGUCUGCGCAUUAACAUUUCACUAUUGUCAUGGAAACAAGUUAAUAAGUCAAUAAAAUGUUAUCGGUUUAAGACUCAACGAUUUACAUUGAAAUAAGAUUUAAAUAUUGUGAAUAGCAGAUAGCAGUUAGACUUUACGUUACAUGCUUAAAUUUCCUCCCCAAAAUGCCGAUUUUAGUAAAAGAUUUUUCGUGGAUUCAAAGUAACACCACAAUCCACGUCCGAGUUCCACUUGAUCCAGUUUAUAAAGAAAAGGUCGAUCUUUUUACUGCAGACUGUUAUAUCAAAGCUCACUUUAGUCCAUUUCUUUUUGAAGUUUUCUUAUUACACGAUGUUGAUAUUAAAAGAAGCAAGUGUAUCGUAAAAGACGACGUAAUUUUGCUAGACUUAGUUAAAAAGCAAGAUAUUGAAUGGGAAUGUUUAGAAAAAACCCUAUCAAAGGAAGACAAGACGAAAAAGAGGCAAGAAAUACUGGAAGAGUGCCAACAAAAAGCUAAACAGGAAGCAGAAGAUAAAGCUAUCAGAAAAAGUAAUCUGGACAGGUUUACGGUCCAGAAAGCGAUGGACAUUGAUACCAAACAACAUAAUCUUAUGGACUCAAGAAGAGAUGAAGAAUGUAAAAAAGCAAUGAAUGAUUUAGAAAAAUGGAGGGUCGGAAACAGCGUAAAUUGCGAAGAAACAGAUAAACAAGGUCUUAAAACUGUUGAGUUAUCGUCAAAAGAUAUGCACGGCACACAUAAUCCACUAAGUUAUAAUACAAAAAUAAUUGAAAAUAAUUAUGUAAAUUGUUAUAGACAGAAAAGCUCUGGUGUUAAAAUAGUUGAAUUGCCAUCCUCAGAAGAUGAAGAUAUUACAAAAACAAACAUAAUUAAGGAAAAUUUGGUAAAUGUUACAAAAUCCACAACAAAAAAAGGCCAAACUAGAAAGCAAGUAGAAAAACAAAAACCAGAAAAGACAGUAGUACAAUCAGAAUAUGUUGAAAAGAAAAAGGAAGAGGCAAACAAGAGGAUUCUACCGAAUUUAAGGCAGACAGGAGAAUUAGAAAUAACCCAUACGCUACGAACUUUUCCGACACCGAGUAGGGAAUCUAAGGCACAAGAAGAGGAAGAGUGGUUAAAAAAUAUUACAAUGGCUAGAAGAGCUACCGGGUUUGUGUCUGAAGAUCUGCGUCCAGAAGAACAAGAUCCUCAAUGGUGCAAAGAGAAAGGCGACGAAUUCUUCCGGAGUGGCAAUUUUUUGGGCGCGAUUAGUGCUUAUACACACGGAAUUACUUUAUCUGACAAAUUGCCAAGCCUUUAUUCGAACAGAGCCGCCACUCAUUUUGCUUUGGGAAACUUUAGUAAAUGUGCAACAGAUUGUUCAACAGCUUUGGAUCUGAUGAAACCGCCGUGCGAAGGGAAUCGCCGAAGCCGAGCAAAAUGCAUCGCCCGCAGAGGCGCCGCGCUUGCCCGUUUAGGAUAUUUGAAUAAAGCGAUUGAAGAAAUGAAGGCAGCUGGCAAACUGUUACCGGAGGAUGAAACUAUCAAAAAAGAUAUAUUUGAUAUGGAAAGAGCUUGGGAACAAAACCCAGAUUCAGAUUAGGGGCAUCACCAAAUUAAUUAGGAAUCAAGAGAUAUAUGUACGAUAAAAUAAAUA